CGCAGCACCGAACGUGAUCACACCGUGUGCUCCGGUUGCUGGAACUACUUCUCCCACUACUGCUCGUGAUAUUAUCGCUGCUACUACUAACUUCCUCCCCCCGGGGGUAGUGAUAGGCCUACGUUCUCACUAAUACACGGGAGUCCGGGGCGCGCGCGCGCCCGUGCCAUUGUGACACGGUGCAGGUGGUUUUUGGGGCCGUCCAUACACGCUUGUACAGAAAAGAUGGGUAACGUAUUGUGCAAAGAACCGAAUCCCGGCACAACAGCCUCCAACACUGGCAACACAUUCAGCAACUUGAGCAGCAUCAUUUGUCCCAAUGGUUUGAGCAAGGGAAAGGCGCAUCCUAUGCGUAAGACCUACUUCACACGCAGCGCAGUUGAUGCAUCGAAGAAAACAUCGUCCGGUCAUACCACGUCCACCGGUUGGCAGAGCGUAGGCUUACAUGUACCGGAUGGAGCGAGCAACAAAGUCAUCGAUACGCCUCCGGUAGCACCGCCCCGAAAGAAACGAGGCGCAACCCUGGAUGGGCGAUAUCGCUCCGAUGAAGCACUAAAGGUGAAGAAUGGCUUCCAGGAUGUGUUUGGGCGCGAAAGUAGACGGCAUUCGUGCGAUAUAACGCACGGCACCAGGCCAGCCAGCGUACCCCCGAGAAGGUUGGAAGAUAGCCUUCCAGCUAUGCCGGCUCGUCAGACAUCCUGCUUCGAAAUUGAUGCCAGCAACGAUGCGUUCAGUGAUUUCUCAAAAGUCCCAACGACGGCCGAACUGGAGAGAUCCCCCGCAGCGCAGAUACCGCGUGUUGGCAAUCGGAAAUCCGAUCGAUUCUUCGGUGAACACCUCUCCGAUUCCUUGAGCCCGGAGCAGGAUGCAAAGGAGUGCCCGGAGCAAAGGCCGAAACGACGCGAGAAAUCCAUUCCAAAAGACGAUGUAGAUAAGAUUGAAAAGUUUGUAGAGAAACUGGAGGAGAACAAACCGGUGGAGGUGAGUAUGGUCCAGAAGGAGGCGAUCCAGAAGUCGUCAAACACUUCCACCUCGCGCCAGAAGGACAUUGAAAAAGAUGAGGUACCAGCUGCUUUACCUAAAACUGCUCCACCGGACGAAGCUCCAGCGAGCGGUGAAAAUGAAGAAGAUCUGAUCAAGUACAUCGAUCGGACGGUUUCGGGAAACAGUCAGCUGGGUAGUCGAGCCGAAUUUCUGAUGGCUAUGCUGGAGGACUAUAACGAUAGCGUCCGCUACGAAGGGAUGCAACCGAUCGAGGAACCGCUGAUCGUGCCGAAGAAACGCAAAUCACGCCACAUUUGUGACGAUCAUGAUCAUCUACACGAGAAGCUGCAUGCUCACGAGAAGGGUGAGUCUACGAAACAGGAGAAACCUGCUGCUAACAUCAUCCUUACGGAGGCAUCGAUCGAAGUGGCACCGCGGAAGCCCAGUCGCGAUUUCUCGAAAUACAAACCACUCGACAAGGAGGUCGGUAAGAUCGAUCAAGAGUUCGAUUCGGACGAGGAACCAACCAACUCGGGUGCAGCUACGGCGGCGGUAGUACGACCGUCCCGAACCAAACAGGCCAAGUCGAAGCAACGCGAGAACCUGCCUUCACCGCCAGCUCCGCCAAAGUUUCAGAAAAGUCUGUCCGAGUCCCUAUUCGAUAGGCAAGUGUCCAGAGAGUCCACUAGUACCCCGGUAAAAUCGGUGGUGGACGAUACACCAAAGGCGCACACGCCACGAAUGCUGAAGCGCAUCAUUUCGAUGCCCGUUACGGAGCAUCUCAACGCAGACGCUCGCCCUGAAACUCCACAACGGCCAGCGUUGACCAAAAGCUCCAGUUCCAGUUCGUUUUCCACUGUGGAUCUACAGCGGUCCCGCAUUUGUGUGGAACGCUUCUCACCGGAAGAUUACGCCCAUCAUGGCGGAGGAGCGGACGAACUGGUGCAACCGAAAUCGAAACUAAUCACCCGUAAGAUAUCAUGGAAAUCGCUGGAAACUCCCGCUACUAACCGUACUCCGACUCCGACGCAGGACACUGCCACUAAUCCGUGCUUCACUAUUGGUGACGCAGCGGUGGUAGCCUCGUCGGGCAACACUCUGCAACCACCGGAAGUACCGAAACGAAAGCGAUCGACUACAUCAACGGAAAUGGAAACCAUUGGCGAGCGUCCUGAUGCCUCGACGCCAGCAGAACCAUCCUGCAUUCCAGCCGCCCAGCACGAAGAACCGGCCGAUUCGGCGCUUCGAAAAUUCUGUCUCGGAUCCUUUAUCGAGUCUAGCAAUGUGCUGCAGCAUCAUGAUGUGGUAAGCGUGCUGGACCGCGUGUACAGUGCGAGCGAUAACAAGGAGAAUAUUAUCGAACAGUUUCAAACGUUUCUCGAGAAUCAGAUAAACGCUGAACUAAACGAUCCAAACCCGACCAAUCCGAAUGUGGCCAAAUUGCUGGAGAAACUGUCGCGCACAAGCACGGCAAGCGGAGGUUCCGAUUUGGAGGACGUAAAGAUCGAGUUGGUCGGAUCAAGUAGUGCCUCAUCGAACAAUGCGUCCGAUGUGGAUGAUUGCUUUGAUCCCGAGUUUGAGAAAAUUGAAAAAUUCGAAAUCGUCGGUGAUCUACCGAAGAUCGAUAUUCCCCCGAAGCAUGCGUACUCCGGAAAGCGGCGCGAUAGCAUCGAGUACAUGAGCGAUUGGUUCGGUGAUUCCGAUGGAUCGACCACCGAAGAGAAAGCGUCUGGCGGAGUUAAGAAUAAACCAGCGGUAGGGGCAAAAGGUAAGCGCCGAGAAAGUAUCGAAGACGUUGGAAGCUGGUUCUCGAACCAUAACAUGCUGCGACCUUCAUUUGGUCAAGAAUUCGAAGAGCCUAGUCGUCGAUUACGCCGCGGUUCCGAUGGUUUCCUUGGAUACGAUAUGAACCGUCAGUAUCCUUUCGGUAAAGUCCGUGAACGGUCGGAGUCGCAGUCGGCCGAAAUGUUCGAGGAUAUCACAAAGCAUCAAGAAACCCCCGGAGAUAAGGAAGGUACACACUCGUUGGAACGGAAGGGGCUUAGCCGAGCGUUACCAAUACACGACAGGAAAGUACUGGAGCAUCGGAACAGUUCCGAUGCAUUGCUGAUGAAGGUACUGAACCGAGAACAUCGAAUUAGUCACUCUUCGGCGCAUAGUAGUGCCGAAAAAUUGAACAACGAAUCUAAACCACAGGAGAUGGCAAGUAAAAGCACAUCGGACCCCACUGAUGAGGAGGAGCAGAAGCCACUGCUCAGCUCCACCAGCGAAGCAUCCGUCGUUGCUGCUGAAAUAUCAAACGAAUCCGCCAAACAGUCAUCGAACAAGGACUCCGUGGAGCCGCUCCAGGCAGCAAACGAACAUUCCACGUUGCUUAAAUUCCUUUCGAAGGAACGGCUCAUCGAAUGAGCCACUAAGUACGUGUUAGUUCGUCCUAGCUUCUCCUAGCAGAGUCAGUAUUACUUACGAUCUACAAAAACGCACAAUUCAUUGAAGGAAUCCAAGAUUCGUGUUGCCCGAGAGCAUCGCUUUAGUGCUAAUUGUUAAACAUUUUCAAAAUGCAAAUAAACUAGUUUUCAAAGAGGAAAAGGUGUAAUGUAUGUUUCUCUGAUCGAUGAUAUUUUAUUCAAAUAAUUAACACGACAGAACUGUGUAGUAACUCCACGAUUUAUUGUUCUUUAUUUAAACUACACUUGUCUACAAAAUGUGUUGACCGUAAGUCGCUGAAGCCAUUCGCUGGUUUACAAGGAAUUCACGAUAAAAAAAAGCUUCAGCUCCGUCCGUACAAAGGGAAGGUGGUUGAGGUUUAUCCAAAGAUUCAUUUACCUUCCGCUUCUAUCUUACCGAUGAUAAAUGCAUCACCGAACACACCUUUUGUCUUCUUUGAACAACUUACACCGUAGCCCAGUAUUACCUUUUGUUUCAUGAGACACGUGUUACCUUACCUCGUAUAAUUUUAGAUAAGUUGAAAGAGAUGAAAAAAGCCAGAAAUUUACCGGUACCUUUUGCUUAGGUUCUUAGCGUUCCGUAUCUGUGUACGAGCUGUGGUUUUAGUUUUGAACAUUGCAUUUCCAAGCAUUCACCUACAAAAUGCUGUGCGAUGGUUGCAGAAUAGUAGAAAGAAUAGUGUCUAGAUGUUUGAAGCUACAUAAACACGGUUACACUACACCGGAAGAUGGCGAUUGGAAGGACUCGAUGCGACCAAUGUCCUCAUUAAGCCUGCCCUAGCUUCUUACAGGGCAUUCGAACUCGUCACUAAUAACCCUGUCGAUCAUCGUA